AUGAACCCUCGGAGAUCAUCCUGUGUGAGUGCUGAGCUGCUAUUCUUUGCAGCCUCAUGUAACUUGGUUGUUUUUGCAGUGACAGCCACGGGAUUGCUCAUUAAGCCCCGAGAGGGCAGUGUUGCUGGAGGAACGUGGAUUACUAUUACUCUGGAUGGCUCAACAUCUCACCAGCUAGAACCUGUCUCUUCAGCCAGCGUGUUACAGCUGGAGGUGUCCCUGGUGAAUCCAGAGCUGCCCAGGUUGCCAUGUGAUGUCUCUCCUCUGUAUUUUGACUUACACACUAUAAGAUGCAGAACAAGGCCUUCACCGCAGGAGGGUUUGUAUUACGUGGAGGUGAUCUUUAAAGGACAUGAGAUUAACAACCUGACUGAGGUGGAGAAAGAAAACUAUACUUUCAAGUUCUCUGCUGCGCAGACACCUGUGGUUCACCAAAUUAGUCCCCCAUCUGGCAUCCCAGGAAAUUUAAUAGAGAUCCGUGGGAAGACAAUUGCUGGAAGAUACGAGACCCUGGACUUCAACGUGGAUUAUAUUGAUGGACCAGCUAUCCUUGUGGCAGAAGGAGAUGGAUGGACCAGUCUCUGCUCUUUUGCUGACAGGCGAGCUGGAAGCAUCUACCCUAUUCGGGCAGAGGAUGGACUGGGGACCCUGCAGUGCCGAGUGGAAGGGAACCAUAUAGGGUCCCACAAUGUUAGCUUCUCAGUGUUUAACAAAGGAAAGUCAGCAAUACACAAAGGCGCUUGGCUCAUCAGUGCCAAACAGGAGCUUUUCUUGUAUCAAACGCAUUCAGAGAUAGCCUCUGUGUUCCCAGCUGGUGGGAGUCUCGGAGGAGGCACUGAUCUCACUGUCACUGGGGAUUUCUUCGAGGAGCCGGUGCAGGUCACUGCUGCAGGUGUCCCCUGUAGAGUCAAGCACGUCUCUCCCCAGCAAAUCAGAUGCACCACUGAGCCUGUUGGCAAGGGCAGGAGGCUUGAUGCCCCCCAGCCAGGAAACAGAGGGCUUCUCUUUGAAGUCUGGGAUGACGCCUCUGAUCUGACAGAAGCAGGUCCUGGAUAUAGAUGGCAGUUUGUACCUAAUGCCAGCUCCCCAGUAAGAUUUCUGUCUGGGGCAAAGAAGUCCUUCAGCUCCAGGCUUCGUGGAUUUUUUGUGGCUCCUCAGACCAACAAUUACACCUUCUGGAUCCAGGCAGAUGAUCAGGCAUCCCUCUACUUAAGUUUGUCCCAAGAUCCAGAACAUAAGGUGAGGAUAGCUUCUCUCCCUGCUGGCAAUUUGGAGUGGUCUGAGAACUGGGUGAAGAACUGGAGUGAGCACUGGCAGCCAAAAUCCCAGAAAUUCGAGCUAACUGCUGGUUUGAGGUACUACCUGGAAGCUCUGCAUCAUGGAAAGGCACCCAGCAACGGGAUGCGGAUUGGAGUCCAGAUACACAACACGUGGCUGAAUCCCCACGUGGUGAACAACUACUAUAUUGAGAGGCAUGAAAUUCGGGCUCGUGCCUUGCAACUUCCAGAAGUGCAGAUGUUGACUGUGUCUGGUACAGGGUGGUUCAGUAUCUCCCGAAAUAACACAUUGCGCAGAAUGAUGCCUACAAAUGCUACGGCUCUCCAGGUGCAAACAGCAAUAGAGGAACUUCUUUCAAUAGGAUGUGAAACUGAGCCAACUUCUGCUAAAAUCCUUUUCCAGGAUGGCUUUGAGAAAGAAGAUAUGAAGGACUUUAUUACCACAGGACACAUUGUCAGUGGUACGGAACCUUUCUGUGGAAGGUUCAGCAUUCACAGACCAAGCCAGCUGGUGAAAACUUCCCCAUCAACUCUACCAAGAUAUGAUCUCGCUGAAUACACACAUGUGUGUUUUGCACAUAAAGGCCAUAUGAGGAAUAUCCUUCAUAUCUUGGUAUCCUACACCAAUUUCUCUUUAUGUUUAGUGAAGAGGAACCUCACCUGCCUGUGGGAUUUCAGUGAAACUGACUCUAAAAGCUGGACGUUUACUUGCACUGACCUCUGGAAGGGGUGUGUGAAUCACUCCAUGCUUCUCCAGGACCUCCCUUCCAAUUCCCCGGUGUUUGUGCAUCAGAUAGACUUGCUGAACCCUCUGCUGCAAAAGAAAACAUCUGAGUCGUUUUACCUUGAUGAAGUUAUCAUUGCAGACAGAGCUGUGACUGUUUCUCAGAGGGAUCCCAAACCACCUUGGCUAGAUGGGAGGAUAGUCGAAGCAGUAUCUGUGGUGGGGUCUUCUCCCACUUACAAUGUGUCCUGGACGGUGUCUGGCUGUGGUGCAAGUCUGCCUCUUCUCUCUCUAAGAGGUGCUCUGCUUGGGGAGGACUCUAAGGAAUAUGGCCACCUGUAUGUCUCCACGGAGGAUGUGAGAGUUAGCCUCACCAUUCAGAGACUGCAAGAGUCAUCUCCACCUCUUGGAGGGACUUUCUGCAUCCACUUGGCCAACACAGUCAUAUCAGAUGUUUCAGUGCACAUCUCCUCCCACCGCCUCCGCAAGCUUUUACAAGACAAUGUAGAUAACUCUACAGCCCCAUACUUCAACAGCAGUGACUUCAUUGUGACCAAAGACUCAAACUCUUGCUAUGAAAGCAUCUGGACGCUGACAUGGAAAACAAAAACUGGGGACUUGCCCAAUGUUAUCAAUGUCUCUGCUGAAAAACUUGUGGGUUUGAAGCCAACUGUUUCUAGCCGUGUGGUUUAUGAUGGAGGUGUGUUUAUUGAGCCAAUAUUUGGGGACAUGCUUGCUACUUUCAAUAACAAAACUCAGGUGGUGGUGGUGGUGAAUGAUGUCCCUGCAAACUGUUCUGGUUCAUGCUCUUUCCAGUUGAGCCAGGAAUUGACACCUUUGGUCAGUGAUGUGGAGUAUUCAUCAGAUGAUGGAUCUCAGGCCACAGUAGUUAUCAGUGGAGCUGGCUUCACUGAGGAGAUACCAGCCCUGCAGGUAAAGGUGAACAACAAGACCUGCCACAUCAUGACGUUGAAUCAAACUAAAGUGGUUUGCCAGAUGGAGAGGCUGCCCGUCGGAGUCUACCAGGUGACACUACUGGUGAGACCUUAUGGCUUCGCACUCAAUGACAGCACAGGAGAAGGCAUCUUCCUAAGAGUUGACCCAAAGCUGGUAGCUAUUGAACCUUCUACAGCUUCAGAGAUCGGAGGACUGAGAGUGGUUCUUAGGGGAAACAAUCUGGACGGGGUGAACUUGGUGUUGUUUGGAUCUCAGCCUUGCCCAAUUUUGGAGGAUGACCGAAAUUCAACAAGAAUUGAAUGUAAAGUUCCCUCUCGGGGGACAGAAGAAGCUGAUGUCCAUGUGACACUAAUUUCCGGGUACCAAUCAACAACACUAACCAACUUGUUCCAGUAUGAUCCUUCCUUAAACCCUGCUGUUGUAUCACUGAGCAGAAACAGAAGUGGCAUAGCAGGGGGUCAGGAGCUUCAGAUUGGAAUAUCCCAGUUUGCCAGCUACCGAGGGUCAGAUAUCAACGUCCAAAUUGGGGUUUCAUGGGCACAGAUCCAGGCGCAGACGGACCAUGGUGUUAAUGUGAUGCUUCCAGCCUUGUCUGCGGGAUGGUACAAUGUUUCUGUCAUCAUCAAUGGCAUUGCUAUCACUUCAAACAGGGUUGAGCCAUUAAUCCAGUACCUCUCGGAGAUCUUCAGCAUAGAGCCGUGUUGUGGCUCCUUUCUGGGUGGAACACUGCUCACAAUCUCUGGUGUGGGCUUUAGCCAAAACGCUGCCCUGAUUUCUGUUUCGAUGAACAGACAAACCUGUACGGUUACUCACUUGACAGAAGAGACAGUUUGGUGUCUGACCCCACCAGCUGCUAAUUUGUCUAAUGAAGAUUCACAAGAUGUCUCAGUCAGAGUAAAUGUAAUCAUCACCAGUCAGUCACUUCAACAUACUCUUUUUACAAAAAGUACUGCCACCUUUAGUUACCAAAGAGCUUUGACUCCUCUGGUUACCAUUGUUGAAAUGGAAAUCACAGAUAGCAGCCUUCUCUUGAGCAUCCAGGGCAUAAACAUCACUGGAUCUGUGGCUAAGCUUGGAGACAGUGAAUGUGAACUUGAGUUUCAACGUGACAACAAGUCUGCAAUGUGGUAUCAGUGUUCUUUGCCACUGAACAACCUGGAACCUGGGACUUUUCCCAUCUGGGUUAUCCAGAGGCAGCUAGGGUAUGCUCGUGUGGCAGCAAGGCUGCAGGCCCUUACAAUAACUCCACAGAUAACCUCCAUAUUCCCAUCACGAGGAUCGAUCUGUGGUGGGAUAUUACUCACUGUAUCUGGUAUUGCUUUAAAAUCCAGGAGGAAUUUGGUACAGGUCAGCCUGGAGGGUAAUUAUUCCUGUGAGAUCCAGAACUCUGAUAACGAUGCCAUUAGUUGUAUUGUCCUUCUAGUGCCCCAUCCUUUGCAUUACCAGUGGUUGACUGAGGCAUCUUGGGCUCUUAAUGUCACAGUGACUGUCAAUGGGAUCAGCAGUGUUUGCCUUGGAGACUGUACACUCCACCUUCAUGAACACUGGACUCCUCUUGUAGAUGUGGUGACCUGGGAGACCAAUGAAACAUUCACCUACGUGAUGAUCAAAGGACAGAGGUUGGCAUGGCCAAGUGACAGCCCCAUGGUACACGUGAAUAACCAGGCUAUCUGCAAGGUCACUUUCUGGAAUGAGACCAACAUCAAUUGCCAGAUAGACUGCAUUGCCCCAGGGGAGCACAACAUUUCGAUAUCCAAUAGGAAAAGUGGGCAAGCUUGCUUCAGAAAGGCGUCUAGCGUUUUCACCAUCCUGCCUCAGGUGUAUCAAUUUUACCCACGAAACUUCAGUACCAAUGGUGGAGGCCUGCUCACCUUAACAGGCUCAGCACUGAAAGGAAAGAGAAUGACUUCCGUUCUCAUUGAUCAUCGCCCUUGCCUUGUUCUCAGUGUCACCUGUGUAGCUAUACAGUGCUCAGUGCCUCCAGGUAAUGGGACUAGGACUUUGAGUCUAAAAGUGGAUGGCAUCUCCUAUUACCUUGGAAGAAUAAGUUACAACAAGGAGUUUACCCCAGCUUUCCUUUUGCUUGUUGCAACUGGUCUCCUUUUAACAAUGACUGUGUCACGGGUCACAGAGACGGACACCAUCUAUGUAUUUGUUGGAGACUUUGCUUGUAAUGGUGUCACCAUCACUCACUCUACUUUGCAGUGCUCAGCUCCUCUGCUCCCUGUUGGCGAGUACCGUGUGCUGGGCCUCGAUGUCCCCAAGGGCUGGGCUUCUUCCAACCUGAUGUUCACCUCUCAGCUGAUGGUGACAGCUGUGCAUCGAAACUGGGGUGGCUUGAAUGGAGGAGCAAUUUACCUGCAUGGAACUGGAUUUUCCCCAGGGAAGACUUUGGUCACAGUCUGUGGCGCUCCCUGUGAAAUGUUGGGCAACAUGACGACGACAGACCUGAGCUGCCUUGCCCCACGCUUACACGCGUCUUUGGCCAUUCUCUGUGGCCUGACAUAUUCUUCUGUUGACUGCCGAGAAGACCGAGCCACCUUCAUUGAAUGCGAAGUCCAAGUCAUGGUGGGUACCUAUCGCCAGAGAGGAUCUGCGUCUUACCUGUACGUCUGCGAGGACAGCCCACCUCAGUGGCGUUGGAGUGACAUCAGCCCACCCCAGAGGCAUUUUGCUGGACUCUUUGUCAG